CGCGUCGCGCCCCUAUUUGGUUCCGCACACCGAAAUAUAAACUUGUCUUCUCCAAUCAGCCGCCACUACCACCAAACUCUGCACAAACCAACACUCUCAAAGCGCCGUCGUUUUCCUCCCUCUAGGGUUUUCCCUCGGCGGCUGAAACCUCAUCAGCGUUAUCGGAUUCCAAUCUUCGUCAGCGAUGGCCAUUUUGAAGAGCUACAGCACCGUGUGCAUCACAGGAACCGGUUUUCCUGUUUGCCCCUCCAAUGCCACCAACAAUAAAACCACCAGGAACUCAUGCUGGAAGCCUGCACAGGCAGCCUUGAAACCCAACUUCCACCUCCCGAUGCGCAGUUUUGAGUUGAAAAAUAGGACUUCGACCGAGGACAUAAAAAGUCUGAGAUUGAUAACAGCCAUUAAAACUCCAUACCUACCUGAUGGUCGAUUUGAUCUUGAAGCAUACGAUAACUUGGUGAAUACACAGAUUGAAAAUGGAGUUGAAGGUGUUAUUGUUGGUGGCACAACUGGUGAAGGCCAAUUAAUGAGCUGGGAAGAGCACAUAAUGCUCAUUGCGCACACAGUCAACUGUUUUGGUGGUAACAUUAAGGUCAUUGGAAACACUGGAAGCAACUCCACCAGGGAAGCGAUUCAUGCCACGGAGCAGGGUUUUGCUGUUGGAAUGCAUGGUGCCCUUCACAUAAACCCCUACUAUGGAAAAACUUCUUUGGAUGGUAUGAUUGCUCACUUUCAAAGUGUGUUUUCAAUGGGGCCUUCGAUCAUAUAUAAUGUGCCUUCACGGACUGGUCAAGACAUUCCUCCAGAUGUAAUUCAAACCAUAGCUCAAAGUGCUUACUUUGCUGGUGUCAAGGAAUGCGUGGGAAAUGACCGGAUCAAGCAGUAUACAGAUAAUGACAUUGUUGUAUGGAGUGGGAAUGAUGAUCAAUGCCAUGAUGCUAGAUGGGGUUAUGGGGCUACUGGAGUGAUAUCUGUUGCAAGCAACCUAAUUCCUGGUUUAAUGCGGGAACUCAUGUUUCGGGGCGAAAAUCCUUUACUGAAUUCUAGGCUCUUGCCUCUGAUUGACUGGCUUUUCCACAUGCCAAAUCCCAUCGGUUUGAAUACGGCUCUCGCUCAACUUGGAGUUGUCAGGCCGGUUUUUAGGCUACCAUUUGUACCCCUUCCUGUGGAUAAAAGGAUAGAAUUCGCCAAUUUGGUGAAGGCAAUUGGUCGAGAGCAUUUUGUUGGAGAUAGAGAUGUUGAGGUUCUUGAUGAUGACGACUUUUUCUUGGUUAGUCGCUAUUGAUUUAGUUUACCUUAUAGGCUCGUUGCACCGUUUCUGAAGUUUUCUCACAUGAUCAUGUAUGUUGUAAUGAAGUUAAAUUAAACUCGACAACAAAUAUCUAGUUUCUUUUGAGUGACUCUACUUUGUAGUUUGAAACUGGUUCAAUAUUUUUCGGAAGUAUAACUCCUACUUCAUAUUGUA